AUGCUGCGCCGCACUUGCGCAUCUCGUGGCCAUGCCACAUCGAACCUUUUCGCCCCUCCUCACUCUGGUCGUUGGUUCAACCCGCCGCACCAAUGGACGAUGAGCGACACGUUUGUGCCGGCGUUCUUCCUCGGUUUCUCGCCUAUGGCCAUCUGUGUCUACCUGUACCACGCUGCGUACAUGCCGCAGUACUCGCACUACCAGGAGAAGAACUACUACCCGGCCCAGGUGUACACGAAGGAGUUCAUCCACAAGUACAACCGCCUGGAGCGCUGGCGUUGGUAUUAG